AUGGGCAAAAGAAAAGCGAAAAAGAAAUCGAAUUCCGUGAACAAAACGAAUUCGUACUUGAGUCGUUAUCAAGUGAAGUUCGCGCGGCGACGAGCGGGCAAAACGGAUUACCAAGCUCGCCGCGCUUUAAUCGCGCAAGACAAGAACAAGUAUAACACGCCAAAGUACCGAUUUGUGGUCCGAUUCACGAACAAACGCGUGAUUUGCCAGAUUGUCUACGCCACCAUCGCGGGCGACGUGACCGUCUGCCAAGCGGACUCCUUGGAGUUGGACAGAUACGGGUUGAAAGCGGGGUAUACGAACUAUCCAGCGACGUACGCGACUGGUUUGUUGUGCGCUCGACGCAUGCUCACCAAGUAUAACUUAGCGGAGACGUACGAAGGUAAGACUGAGGAUCUUGGGGAAGAUUAUCACGUUGAAGCGGAAGGGGACGCGAGACCGUUUAAGUGCUUUUUGGAUACGGGUUUGGUGAGAACGUCCACCGGGGCGAGAGUGUUCGCGGCGAUGAAGGGCGCCUCGGACGGCGGUUUGGACAUCCCGCACAACGAAAAGCGUUUCGCGGGCUACGAUUUGCAAGACAAAUCCCACGAUCCGGACACUUUGGAGAGAUACAUUAAGGGCGGCGUCGUCGCGGAAUACGCGGAGGAGAUGCAAGAGGAAGAACCGGAAAAGUUUGAGGCGCACUUUUCCAAGUACUUAGCUGCGGACCAAGACCCGACGGAAUUGGAAGAGUUAUACGAGGAAAUCCACGACGCGAUUCGCGAAGACCCGAGUUUUACGAAGAAGCCGAGAUCUAAGCCGGCUGACGCCGGUAAGAAGUUCAAGUUGCCGAAGUUGACGUACGAACAAAAGAAGGCGAACCUCAAGGCGAAGAUUGAAGCUUUGCGCGCGGAGGCUUAA